ACACAGGGUCUCGCUAUGUUGCCCAGGCUGGUAUGGAAUCCUUGGGCUCAAAUGAUCCUCGCACCUCGGCCUCCCAAAGUACUGGGAUUACAGGCACGAGCCAUUGCGCCCGGUUAAUAUUUCCUCUGAUUUUCUUUCUCCACGCUCCAUCUUUCUUGCUGUCCUACCUGAGUUAAACACAAAAUCUUUCUUACAGGUCUUACUAAAGUUACCAGGCUAGACUAGUGGAGAAAAUGUAAGUCAUUAUUUAGAAGAGAGAAAAUAAUGUUAACUUAAUGUGCAAUGUUGAGCUCACGUCUGCAUUUUACAUGUCUAUGUGGUGUGAAGGCUGGUACUACUAAUUCCUUCAAUCAGCAUUUGUUUUGUCUUUUUUUUCUUUUCUUUUCUUUUUUUUUUUUUUUUUGAGACAGGAAGAUGUCACUCUGUCACCCAGGCUGGAAUGCAGUGGCAAGAUCUUGGCUCACUGCAGCCUUGACCUUCCAGCCUCAGGUGAUCCUCCCAACUCAGCCUCCCGAGUACCUGGGACUGCAGGCACACACCACUACGCCCAGCUAAUGUUUGUAUUUUUCAUACAGACAGGGUUUUGCCAUGUUGCCUAGGUCAGGAACUCCCAUGCUGAUGUAAUCCUCCCAACUCAGCCUCCCAAACUGCUGAGAUUACAGGCAGGAGCCUCUUUUUCUUUUGUCACUCCUCAGCUGAGGAGACGGUUUUGUUUCAAAUGUAUGUUUAGGAAAAAAGUGAGUACGAAUCAGGUUUUGGAAACUAUUUAGCUGUGUACGAAUGGAUUCAGGUACAGUAAAUCACAAAUCUCAAAACCAUAUAGAGAGUAAGAGAAGAACUCCCUUGAAUGACUGGCUCCUUAGACAACACAGCUGAUUCAUCUGCAACAUUAUAUACGUUGUUCACUUUUUUGAGAUAAUACACCUGGUUUGUGGUUCGGCAUGUCAAUUGUAACAGUACAACUUGGUCAGUGUGGCAAUCAAAUUGGUUUUGAAGUUUUCGAUGCUUUACUUAGGGACUCACACAGUUUCCAGGGACUGUGCUCUAAGAGAGAAAAUGAGGCAUAUCAAACAUCUUGCAAAGAAAGAUUCUUCAGUGAGGAGGAGAGUGGAGUUCCAAUUGCCCGGGCUGUUCUUGUUGACAUGGAACCCAAAGUUAUCAAUCAAACGCUGUCAAAGGCUGCCCAGUCUGGCCGAUGGAAAUAUGGUCAACAUGCAUGCUUCUGUCAAAAACAAGGUUCUGGAAACAACUGGGCAUAUGGUUACUCUGUUCAUGGACCCAGGCAUGAAGAAUCUAUAAUGAACCUAAUCCAGAAGGAAGUGGAGAAAUGUGACUCUUUCAGUGGUUUUUUCAUCAUAAUGAGCAUGGCUGGCGGCACAGGAUCAGGGUUAGGAGCUUUCGUUACACAGAAUUUACAAGAUCAGUAUCCAAACUCAUUGAAAAUGAAUCAGAUUAUUUGGCCUUAUGGAACUGGUGAGGUUAUUGUUCAGAACUACAACUCUGUUUUGACACUUUCUCACUUGUACCGAUCUUCAGACGCUCUCCUUGUUCAUGAGAAUGAUGCCGUCCAUAAGAUCUGUGCGAAACUGAUGAAUAUCAAGCAGAUCUCCUUUAGCGACAUCAAUCAAGUCCUGGCACAUCAGCUGGGAAGUGUGUUCCAGCCUACUUAUUCGGCAGAAAGCUCAUUUCACUACAGACGAAAUCCCCUAGGAGACUUAAUGGAGCAUUUAGUUCCCCAUCCUGAAUUCAAGAUGCUGAGUGUUCGUAACAUUCCUCACAUGUCUGAGGACUCGUUGGCAUACAGCACAUUUACAUGGGCUGGCCUCCUCAAGCACUUGAGACAGAUGCUCAUUUCUAAUGCAAAGAUGGAAGAAGGAAUUGAUUGGCAAGUACGGCCUCCUUUAUCAGGACUUCCUCCUCUUGGUAAAAUGUCUCUCAGCAAAGACCUGCAUUUUAACACUUCCAUUGCUAACUUGGUCAUUCUUCGUGGGAAAGACGUGCAAAGUGCAGAUGUGGAGGGAUUUAAAGAUCCAGCUCUCUACACUUCCUGGUUAGAGCCUGUUCAUGCUUUCAAUGUGUGGAAAACCCAGCGGGCCUUUAGCAAAUAUGAGAAGUCUGCAGUGUUGGUCAGCAAUAGCCAGUUCUUGGUAAAACCACUUGAUAUGAUUGUGAAGAAGGCUUGGAAUAUGUUUGCUUCAAAAGCCUACAUUCAUCAGUACACAAAAUGUGGAAUUGAAGAAGAGGACUUUUUAGACAGUUUCACGUUGUUAGAGCAGGUUAUUGCCAGUUACUGUAACCUCUGAUCUGGAGCAAUGGGAAAAGUAUCAUUUUCGGACUAAAAUAUUUUCAGUACUAUUUUCUCUGUAAAGUUUUCAAAGUUCCAUUCUGUUAAAGUAACCAGGUAGAAUGCUGAGUCUGUUCUGUAUACGAUGCCCACAGAAAAGGAAGACAACUUUUUAAAUGGAGAAUAGCAUGUUUUCAAUGAAAACAUCCACUUAGUAUUUCAUCUGUAAGAAAAAAAUGGUGCUUUAUUCUUUAUUGUCUUAUUUUUCACACUCCAUUGUAUAUACUAGCAUGAAAAAUGGUGCUUUAUUAAAGAACUUUGGGAAAACACUUUGCCAAGAUGUUGGGACUCUGGAACUAGCCAAGAAAAUAGAAUAUUCUGUUUUUCUACAUGUUCCUGAAUCUUGCCUCUUUACUCCAAAAAUAACUCACAAAGCAUGAACCAAAUUGUCACAGUAUCAUUUCAAGCUAAGGAAUUAUAAUUCUGCACUUAAUAUAUUCAUGCUUGAAAUGAAUGCUUUGAGCCACAAGAGGGAGAUGUUGUCAAAUCCUACAGUAUGACCAUGUAUUUUGAAUAUUCUGUAACAGGGUAAGAGUUUCUACUCUAAGCAGCUAUUUAAAAGUAAAUGUGAGGAUUUUGGUAAUAAAUGCUUAUGCUUAAGUACAAAAGUAAA